UCUUUUUUUCUCUUUGCUUUUGGCGACGUGCUCUUCUCCCUUCAUUUGCGUGCCCUAGCGAUCAAUCGCGAUCGCACUGUUGAUCGAUUCCCAGAGCUUCGAGAUCGGGAGGAAGCGCCAUCGAAUUUUCUCCGACUUUCACACAGUGUUUCUGAAUUAGGGUUUUAAAGGCGUCGAGGUUUGCUGGAAUCCACCCUUCAUGUGAUUGGUAGCGGUGAUCCACUGAUCCUAUUAGGUGCUUAACACAUAGCAAAAGAUGUCUGGUGGAGAAGUGCGGAGAGUGUCUCAUCAAGAUAUACAACUUGUACAAAAUCUUAUUGAGCGAUGUCUUCAGUUGUAUAUGAACCAGAGAGAAGUAGUGGACACCCUUUUAAUGCAGGCCAAGAUUGAACCUGGUUUUACAGAGCUUGUUUGGCAAAAGCUGGAAGAAGAAAACCGAGAAUUUUUCAAGGCAUAUCAUGUCAGACUCGUACUUAAGGACCAAAUACAGCUUUUCAACAAGCUCCUUGACAAGCAGGUUGAACUUAUGCGUAAAAUAUGCCCAUCUGGUGUGGGUUCUGUGUCUCCUUCAAAUGGCACUAAUUCUUCAACAUUGCAUCAAACUCCAUACUUUGUCAAUGAACAAGCUUCAGCCUCAGGACCAGCUAAUCUUCUUUGCAGUGGAGAUCCUACUAGUGCAAUGCUAAAUGGUGGGUCCACAGGAAACCAACCAAUGCAGGUGAAUAAUGAUGGUCCAUUCUGUGCUGCGACGGACAUUUCAACUAGCAUGCUGUCAACUCAGAAUUCUAACAUGGGAAUGCUCCAAGGAAUGAAUGGAACAACGAUUAAAUCAGAACCAUGCUAUUCAAAUGGUGCUGAAUUUGCAUUCUGUGCAGACAAUGGUUUCCUGAAUGCUCGCUCAGGAAUUGAAGAUGCAUCUGUUGCAUCCUUUGGCAGCUCAGAUUUGACAGGACCGCCAUUAAAUGAGACACUCUUGGAUGUUGAUCCAUCAAUUGGAUUUCUUAGUCAGAUUCCUAGGAGCUUCAGUUUUUCAGACUUAACAGAAGACUUCACUCAGUGCAAUGAUAUACUGGAGAAUUAUGGUAGGUCUCCCUUUCUCGCAUCUGAAGCAAAUAACUUCUCUGACUCUCCCUUAGGUGACUGUAAAGAUGAGACUAGACGCUUGGGCACCAUUUCUGAAUGCCUAAGUCAUGAGGAUUUUGGAAGUGAUUGACUUUAAAUCUGACUCUCUUUGACAAGGUUUGUUUGACUGGGGAACAUAGAUAAAAACCAUUGUACAUAACAUUUGGGGAUUGCCAAUCUUCAAGCAACAAGAUGUUGAAGCUUUGUAUCUUCUGGAAGUGGUUUCAUCCUUGUUGGUGGUUUGGCCUAUGUUACUGAUAGUUUUUGUUUGAUUGACCCAAAUAGUCUGAUAAGUGGUAUAACCUUAGUAUGUAUAUGUCAUUGCCCUAAUAAUGAUGUUUUCGACAUUAUAUAUAUAUAUAUAUAUAUAUAUAUAUAUAUAUUAUGUGGUGAAUGGGUUGUGUUGUCAGUGUGGCAUGUAAUUUCCUGCUGAAUAAUUUUAUGAAGAAAAGAGUUUGCCUUUCAGAUUGUAUAAUCUCCAAAUUUUCUUCAGAUA